AUGGAAUACGCACGUAACAACAGAAGGAGGAAGAAAAACCUGAGCUGCUCCGAUGUUAGCUACUAUUUAAGAGGAAAGGGUCCCCACAGAAAUUGCAAAGAAAGUAAACCAGUCGAAUUGUCUGAUCAGAAUGUGCCUUAUGGAGGGGUACUGCACUCACAUAACGGUGUGCUGCGUGGAGGACAAAACAUGGGGCAUUAUAACAGAAGGACAAACAAUACUUACAAUUAUUGUAGAGGGGACGGAGCAAAAGAAAAUGUUGGAGAGGUCACUUACGUCUUUUACGAGCCACUCAGAUAUCCUGCCUUUAAGAUGGCGGAUAGACACAAUGAGGGAGACGCAGCAAAAAAGAACCCAUGUGACAAAUCCGAGGAGGAUAAAGUAGUACCCCCCGUGGGUGGCCAAAGUGGAGGCAGCUGUGAAGAAUCUGAGGAGAUGAGUAUGAACAGUACGAACGUAACCCGCGUAGGGAAGACGAAGAAGGCAGGGGAAUGCAAUUCAAGGGAUGAGAAAAAGCAAAGGAGUAGAGAUCAUGUGGACGUAAAGGGUGAUCGUCACAGUGGGGAUGAAACCGCGCAAGAGGCACGAAUGAGUGCACCAUCCUCUACCAAACAAUGUGACCUCUCCCCACCCAGAGGAACGAGAGAAAAAAAAAACUUCUUCAUUCCAGUAACCCCGCCAACAGUGCAUAGACACCCAAGCCAAAUUACCAACGAAGUAAAGUUCAUUCUACACAUGACUAUUUUAACUCUCUACAGAGACCAGAUCAAGCCUUCCUACAAAAAGAUUAAACAGAGACUAGGGUCUUUCCAUCAGAAUGAAGAACUCAAAAACAACUUUUUGGAAAUAUUCCUGUCUCUGCAAAAUGAAUACCUUGUUGUAAAGUCCAAGCGGAAUAAUAUUUUCGUCCUUUUGAGGGAAACGCCCAAAUGGUUUAGUGGCUGGAUCAAGACAAGGAGCUUUGCCAACCCGUAUCCAGAAAAAUUUUGGAGGAAGUUCGCUCGUCAUCUUUUGCAUGCAUGCAGGGCGGGACCUUCUUCCCCUCAAGGUUACUUCACGGUACAGUUUGCUAAGCAAUUGUGCAGGGAGGGGCACUUAUUUUUCCAAAGUUCGGAUGCGCUGGAAGGGGUUAUAACUCUGUUAGGCCAGCCUAGUGACUCAUACGAUACGUCUACACAUGGUGCAACCACACCCUGUAGUCUUCUACAUGAUGAACCUGCUGGUAGUUACAGGGAACUCUUCACCUUCAACCUCCUCCACGAAUGCUUCUCCUACUUCUCUCACUUAAAUGACUCUGCCGUUCGGCUGGUCGAUAGUUCACUCGUCAGUCUGUACCAGUCCAUUCUGAGCGACGAUGGGAACAGGGUGAUGAGCAGUAGGGGCAGAAGCGGUGAAGAGGAAAGCAUCCAUUCUUCACGCAGCCAUUCACUAUGCAACGAUCCACUAGUUGUAGCGGACCCCCCAUGGGAACUAAACAGUGACAUAUACAAAGCGGCCGACGGACUGAAGAAGAGAGGCCUCCCUUUUCUUAAAGACUACUCCGUCGGAAAAAUAGCACAUAUUGUUCAGCUCGGCCUGUAUAGUGGACUGCUCCAUGAGGAGGGUCAGACGAUCAAGCCGGCCUGUUGCUGCAGGGGCGUGGCUGCGUCGGUUUGGGGGGACCCCCCAAGGGAAGAGCCCCCCGGGGGAGGCAAUCCGAAAAGGGGAAUGUGCGAUAGGGUCCCCCUAGUACCAACCGCCGAAGAUGCUAAAGUAAAAAUAGACCAGCUCCUAAAAGGAAGUAGAGGAAAAAUCAUCUUCUUCUGUUCACUGAAGGAUCAAUUUUUUAAAAAGUUCGAAGAGGUGUUAAGUCCUGUCCACUUCGGUUGUAGAAGUUUAGUGGAGUUCCUUUUUUUCCAGUGCCAAGAAGUGUGCAAACUCUUCCUCCUAAAUGGAAAUAUCAUUUUAGUGCACCCUAGUUGUGAUGAGCAGUCUCUAAUGGAUAUGCUAAGACAGGAGGAGGAGGAGAACGUCGAUAUGGAUGUGGAUGAAAAUAUAAUCGAGCAGUUCGACUACACGGAAUACGUCUCCAGUGUGACCUAUCCUCAGAAAAGUAGUCAGAACCAACAGGGGAGUCUGCAAAUCUGCUCAACGGUGAAGGACCUGCUGGGGAACAGGAAGAAGGACAAUUUUUUUAUUACCUUUUCCUUUUGGAAAUAUGUAAUGGAAAGGGGCAAAGCGCCCACAAGGUGA